AUGCCGCCCUCCGUAGCACAAGACGACGUGGAGCACGCGCCCGAGGACACAACGUCGACUCAACAACCCGGCGACGUCGAAAUGACGGAGGAGCACGAGACCACACGGGCGCCCGAAGUUGAAGAAACAACCAGCAAAGAUGAAGAGCCUCCCAGGAUGUCCUUCAUGUCAUACCUGUCGUCGCCCAUGGUCACACUCGUCGUUGGCUCAGACGAGAAUCAAACCCUCCUCACCGCGCAUCAGGCGCUGCUCUGCAAAAGCCCCUACUUCCAGGACCUGUGUCAAACGUUUGUGGACGAUGGCAGCCCGCGGCAACUUGAACUCCCCGAAGACACCGUCGCCGUCGGCUCCUUCCUCGAAUUCCUCUACACGGGCGAAUACUUCCCAAGAAAGAUCCCCGGGCAGCGCGUUCUCGAAGUCGACCCUGCAAUGCCAAAGGUUGAUGAUACAGGCGUACACCUGCUCAAGCACGCGCGGGUGUACACGCUCGCUGAGAAAUUCGGCGUGCCCGACUUGAAGAAGCUCUCGUCAAGCAAGAUUCACUGCAUCGAUUCUACGGCCAAGGGCGAGAUUGAGUAUGCGAAAUAUGUGUAUGCGCACACCACCAACGACGAUACAAAGGUUCGCGCGCCAAUCGCCAGCUUCUGGGCCACGAGGUCGCAUACCCUGCGUGCCGAGGCAGAGAACGAAUUCAAGUCCUUGUGCUUGGAGUUUCCUCAGUUUGGUUAUGACGUUUUGACCCGCGUUUUGGAUGACAAGCUCAGGCGCGAACGAAUUGACAAGAUGCACCCUGCUACCACGAGCGGCCGCAAGCGCGCACGACACAGCAGCAGCGCCGCUGGGUCGGUGUCUUAG